AUGAUGUCCGAUCUUCCAAGAGAUUUGUUGGAGGAGAGACUCUCUAGGGUUCCGGUGAAAUCAUUGAGAGAAGCGCGAUUUACCUGCAAAAAUUGGAAAACAUUAUCCAAAAAGCGGAGCUUUACAAAGAAGCACCUUGCUCAGGAAGCAACAUCAAGGGAAAGUGAGUUUAAGGUUGUCAUGGUCUUGCAUUGUAAGGUUUAUCUAACGAGCAUCAACCUCCGUGGAAUUCACAACGGCUUUGACCCGUCUAUAAACCGUCAAGCUAAACUUGUUAGCCUAAACGGUACAGAUCAGAUCGAUAUAUCUGAAGUAUAUCACUGCGACGGUUUACUGUUAUGUAUCUCGAAAGACUACACUAGGGUCGUGGUUUGGAAUCCGUAUAGGAGCCAAACUUUGUGGCUCAAACCCAGUAGUCCUGACCAUAGAAUGGACUGGUAUAUCUGUGCUAUAGGAUACGAGAAGCGUAAAUCAAGCCUACGCUACAAAGUUUUGCGAUUCGUUGAUUUUGCCGAAGAAGAAUUUGUUGAGUACGAAAUAUACGAGUUAAAGUCUAAUUCAUGGAGGGUUCUCGAUGUCACUUCCGACUGGGAAGUAGAGUUUUAUGCACGAGGUGUCUCUCUCAAGGGAAAUACUUAUUGGUUUGCUACAGACAAGUUUCCAGAAAUCAGCAGUAAUCUUAUACAUAGUGUUUAUUUCUUGCUCUGUUUUAAUUUUACAUCGGAGAGAUUUGGGCCGCGUCUUCAUUUGCCGUGUUACCCUAUGGAUGUAGAUACUGUGAGUCUUUCUAGUGUUAGAGAAGAGCAACUUGCUGUGUUAUUUCAGCGUAAGGACAACUUACAUAUGGAGAUUUGGGUUACGACUAAGAUUGAACCUGAAGAGGUGAUGUGGAGCAAGUUGUUCUUAGCAGUGGAUAUGCAACCACUCACUGAUUUUAAGUUUGGAAUUGCAGAUGCGAGUUUCAUCAUUGACGAAGAGAAGAAAGUUGUUGUAGUCUUUGCUAAAGACAAAGAUGUAAUGUAUCCCACUCACAACACAGCUUACAUCAUUGGAGAGGAUGGAUAUUACAAAGAAGUGGAUCUCGGAAAAACUACUGAUAAAAUUCGAGAUCCACUUGUGUGCUCGUAUGUUCCAAGCUCAGCGCAAAUCAAGCAAGGAGGCAAAAGGAAGAAAAAAGGGAAAUUGAUUACUGAUUAACAUUUAUAUCUUGCUUUGUGAUCUUCUUCUUUCAACAAAAUUUGGUUUGAAA